AGGCUAUACAUAUUCUUUGUCAGGCUGGGAUGGUUCAUCUAAAAGUGAACCAAUCGAAUCACGGGCAACCUGUAGUUUGCAUUUAAUACCUUUGCUCGGAUCGGGUCAAUCUACGGUUAACGAUGUGCUGGCUGGUGAGACGUUGUUGUAACUAGAGACUGUUUUAAGUUAAAAUUUAUUACACUAAAUCAUUUUUAUUCUUCAAAUGACCAUGGCUGUUAUAAGUCAGGACGUACUCGUGGGUAAAAGCAGUACAAAUAUACCUCUGCUCAAAACAGCUGUGCAUGUGAGUCAAUAGCAUGAAGAGGGAACCAAUAAACAACACUUUAAUAAGAAAGCAACCUUAGUGUCAACUUUAAAGUUAAGGCCCGAUCAGCAUAGGGAAACUUCUCUAAAGCGAUAUACAUGUAUGUACCGUUUACCAUAGAGGUUUUAUGUACCGUUUACCAUAGAGGUUUAAAAACCCUUCUAUUUUACGAUCACUUUGAUUUCCCUUGCUUAAUCUUGCUAGACUCCACUGAGAGUUGUAGUCACUGCUAUAGCUGAACCAAAACCAUCCAUUCUUUCUUCUAUCUUUUUUUGUUGUUGUUGUUCUGGUGAUUUCCAUUCAUUCUUCCCACUCAUACAGGAACCUUGUUUCAUGAAACACAGGUAGGAGGCUCGGAGGUCAAGAAGGCUCAUCAAACAAGACCUGGUGAAUGAAUAACCGGCACAAAGUGGGUCAAAAGGCACGUAUGAUACUCCAGCACCGACCCUGUAUCCUGGCCUUAGUAUAGAAACCUGAGGUGAACAUGAAGCCAACUAGUGGCGGUGCGCUAUAUGCAACAGUCGGAGGUGUGUCCACUGCCCUUGUGGCCACCAGGGUACUGUAUCCGUCCCUGUGGCAAGACCUGCGCUACCUCUGGAUCUCCAAUCGUGCGUCCAAACAGGUAACCAGGUAUCUUUCAGUCGAACCCCCGAUCACCAUAGUGGACCGCUUUCUACACCAGGUUCAGCUCCAGCCAGACAAGCCCUUCCUCCUGUUCGAGGAUGAAGUCUACACCUACAGGGACGUGGACGUCAUGUCCAACAAGGUGGCCAACUUCUUCCGGGGGGAGGGGUACAGGUGCGGAGACACCGUCGCCAUGCUGAUCUACAACGAGCCGGCCUUCAUCUGGACCUUCCUAGGACUGGCCAAGUUGGGGGUGAAGAUGGCGUUCCUGAACACCAACCUGAGGACAAAGUCACUGCUGCACUGCUUCAACGUCUCGGAGGCAAAGGCUCUCAUUGUGGGACAAGGAGUUGACUUAUUUGAGGCAACUCUAGAAAUUUUGCCGGAACUACAAGGACAGGGUGUAAGCAUCUGGGUGCAGGGAGAUGCAAAUCCCACAGAAGGCAUCCUAUUAUUGGACGAAAAGAUUGCAACUUCGUCAGCUCAGCCAAUCCCGUUCAAGUUUAGAUCUUCCGUCGCGGGGAAUGAUGCUCUUGCCUACAUCAACACUUCUGGCACAACCGGCCUGCCGAAAGCCGCGAUCUACAGCUACGAGAAGGCGACAAAGUCGUCCUUCAUGUUCACCUUUGCAGGGAUCCGUUCUAGUGACGUGGUGUAUGUCGUCACGCCCCUGUAUCACUCCAGUGCCUUCGGCGUGGGCUUCACAACUGUCGUAGAGCACGGUGCAACCAUGGCGCUGGCCAGGAAGUUCUCUGCGAGUCGCUAUUGGGACGACUGUCGGAAACACAAUGUAACCCUGCUCCUGUACAUCGGAGAAAUGCUGCGGUAUCUAUGCGUGCAGCCAAAGCGUUCGAACGACAGAGACCACAAGGUCCGGGCCGCGCUGGGAAACGGUCUGGCGCCGGCCGUGUGGAAGGAGUUUCAGGACAGGUUCGGCAUCAGGCAGAUUGUGGAGUUCUACGGCGCCACGGAGAGUAACAUCAGGCUGAUGAACAUCACGGGGAAGAGAGGGUCUGUGGGCAUGAUCUCUCCUCUGAUUCAGAACACCACCCCGUGUCCGCUCUACAUCUUAAAAGUGGAUUUGGAGACGGGGCAGCCAAUCAGGGAUGACAACGGCUUGUGCAUCAAAACACAAACAGGAGAGCCAGGGUUGCUGAUCUGCCCCAUCAGCAAAGCAGUCCCAUUCCAGGGAUACAAGGGAAACAAAGAGCUCACGGAGAAAAAGGUUCUGCGAGACGUCUUCAAGAAAGGCGACGCAUACUUUGACUCCGGUGACCUGAUGAAAGUUGACAAGGACUAUCAUGUAUACUUCGUAGACAGACUUGGUGACACAUUUAGGUGGAAAAGUGAAAACGUUGCCACUACAGAGGUUGCACAGGUGUUACAUGACAUGCAGGGCGUCGACGAGGUCAACGUGUACGGUGUGAAAGUGCCAGGUUCUGAGGGAAGAGCAGGGAUGGCCGCCGCCGUGGUUUCCAAAGACACACGUCCGGACCUUUCCCAGUGGUACGCUCACAUCGAGUCCCGCCUGCCCAGCUACGCCAGACCGCUGUUUCUCCGGCUGACCAGAGAGAUCAGCGUCACCGGAACUCUUAAACAGCAAAAGACACAGUUAGUCAGGGAGGGAUUCGAUCCGACUCAGAUCAGCGACCCGCUUUAUUUCAGGAAUGAUGAUCAAAAGACUUAUGUACCCCUGGACCUGGAUCUGUAUAGGAGGAUUGCGCUCGGGAAGGCCAAGUUGUGACGGUGUUUUCCGAUACUGAGUGAUCCUUGUCCAGAUAUAAAUUGAAGCUACAAGCAGACUGAAUAAGUAAUUGAAGCUACAAGCAGACUGAAUAAGUCAUUGAAGCUACAAGCAGACUGAAUAAGUCAUUGAAGCUACAAGCAGACUGAAUAAGUCAUUGAAGCUACAAGCAGACUGAAUAAGUCAUUGAAGCUACAAGCAGACUGAAUGAGUCAUUUGGCAGUGAUACCAAAAUGUGCAAUCGUUAUAGUAAUUUGCCAAUAUCAUUUCAUCGUACGCAGGUUACGUUGACGAAUUGGAUUUUUUGUCGUACUUGGUAAUGGCACACCUCGGUUGAUUAUAAAACGUGCAACGUUA